AUGUUUAGUUAUUGUGAACAGUUGAUUAUACAGAAGAGCUUUUGUAAACAAAUUAUUUUGGAACCCAUAUUCAUAGAUAACCCAUAUUUAUCACAAUAAGAAGACUCAGUAAUUAAGUUUAAAAGAACCUAAAGAGUAAUGAAUAUCCUUCCAAAGAAAAGAUGGCACGUUCGAACAAAGGACAACAUUGCUCGUGUAAGGCGUGACGAGGCUGCAGCAAAAGAAGAGGAACAGAAACGUCAAGAAAAAUUAAUAUUAGCGGAAAGCGAAGCACGAAUAAACUUUUUGAGAAAAAAAUCUGGUUCAACUACCACUGAAGGAUCUACAGCAGAGAGUAAACUUUCCACACCUAGUGGAAGUAAUAUUGUUAAUCAACAUGUUGAUUUAUUUUCGGAUUAUAAAUCUCACAUAAAAAAGACAAACAAGGCAUUAGAAGAUGAAAAGAAGGAAGAACAAGAGAAAUAUGAAAAGCAAAUAGGGUACUUAACAUACUUGGGACAGGAUACUAACGAAGCCUUGAAAUUACGAAGCUGGUAUGAGGUAGCACCAAAACGAGCAGAGGUCGGUGAUAGUGACAUAAUUGAAAAAGAUGUGAAAAAUAAACAGUCACAGGAUCCUCUGACGCUCAUUAAUGCUUUACUCCCUAAAGUUGAGGAAAAGAAAGUAGUUACUGGCUUGAAACAACGUUCUCGUGAAGAUACUUCUGCACUGGGUACUUCUCCUCCAUCAAUGAAUAUAAGAAAGCUUGAAAGCGUAACUGAGAAAUAUACAUAUACAAAGCACAAGAAGUCCAAAAAACACAAAAAACAUAAACAUAAAAAAGAAAAGAAUAGAAAACGUGCUAAAUAUGAAGACAACGAAAGUGACGAGGAAGAAAUACAACGUAUUAAACGUGAAAAAUUAGAAAAAAUGCGAAAGGAACGGCUAAUCCGAGAGGCUAACGAAAGAGCACGACAGGAGGCAUUAUUAGCACCGAUAAAACCGGUACAGGAAAUCGAUAAUACUAAUAGUAUGCCUCAUCAACGAAUAGUGCAAAAGUAUAACAGCCAGUUCAACCCAGAAAUAGCAAAACAAAAUAUGAUUUAAAGAUCUUGUUUUUUGCUUGAAUAAAAUCAAUAUUUUUAUAAAUGCAUAUAUGUUCAUUUUCCGUAAAUAUACAUAGUAAUACUCCCACUACUUAAAAAAAAGUUAUUUUAGCAGCUCUUCUUAAUUGACACAUCUGUACUUAUCCAUCUUUUGCACAACGGAAGCCCAAAUUUCCAGAUGAGCUAUCUGCUGUAUUUUGCGAACGGGCAGCACAUCGAUAACGAUAGCAAUAAGAUUUGUGACAUAAAUAAGAGCCUCCUUUCUUUACGUAUUGCGGAUUGGAACUGACGUCGUCUUUUUGCCAACGAUCUUGGGUCCAUUCCCAUACAUUUCCCACCAUAUUAUACAGGUCGUAAUCAUUUUGGUGAAAUGUAUUAACAGGAGCGGUUAUUUCAUAACCAUCUUCAGAUGUAUUUCCGUCUGGAAAAUCACCUUGCCAAAUAUUUACCCUAAAAAUAUACCAAUAUUGUCUUAACAAGUUAAAGAUUUAUUCUUCUCUAUCAUUUGUUGUAGGAUUUACCAGUGCUUUCCAUGAGGUGUUAAUUUGUUUCCCCAAGGGAAAAGUUUGCGUUUCUUUCCACCGCGACAUGCUACUUCCCAUUCUGCUUCAGUUGGCAAUCUUUUUCCUGCCCACUUGCAGUAGGCUACAGCGUCAUUCCAAGAAACAUGGACUACUGGAUGUUCCCACAAAUCUUUUGGUAACAAGAAAAAAAUAAGUUGUGCUAAUAAAUUGAAUGGAUAUAUAUAAAUAAAAUAUUAACCAUUUAUGUUAUUUUUCAGUCCAUGGGGAUUUCGCCACGAAAUUCCCUUAACUUUAAACCACCAUGGAGCACUAACAACACGAUAGUCAACGUAUUUUUCCUGCAUUUCUGGUGUCAAAAGAGUUUUAAACAGAAAGCUAUCUCCAAAUAUCUCUGCUUCUGUAGUAUAAUUCGUUGCUUUCACAAAAUUAUUAAACUCUGCAUUGGACACCUCGUAUUUAUCUAUAUAAAAUUCGGUUAUUUUAACAAGUCGCUCUGGACCCUCACCAUCACUUUCAAAGUGAGGCUCAUCAGUUCCUAUUAAAUAGUUUCCUGCUGGUAUAAGAGACAUUGAUGGAUCCUCUGGAUAGUAAUCUCUGUAGUGUGAACCAUCCUUUUUGUUUUGCUUGCAAACCGGAAUUUCAUUUUUAUUUUCGGUUGGCGUUUUUAAAUCCCUCGAU